GUUAAUAUUUAUCGGCCGAUCCGCCGGAGGGUCCUCGCAGCGUCCAUGGCCGAUCUCUUGGCAUCGGCCAACCCCACAGCCGAACCCGAGUCGAAUACCCUAUUGAGGUAGAAGAACGACUAUCGGGGACGGACUCCGAUGGCCGGCGAGACACGAUGGAUAUAGUUGCAACAUAUCCGCCGCAGUCUUCAUCCACGGCUUAGAUACCACCUCUCAUCCUCCCCAGUGCACAGCUCGCCCACUGCAUAACUCAUCCUCUAUUCACCAUGUCUCAAAGAAUCAAGCUUGGCAUCCUGACUCCGUCGUCCAACACCAGCCUCGAGCCUCUCUCACAGGCCAUUGUCGCCGACCUCCCCAACGUCAGCGUGCACUUUUCACGCUUCACCGUCCUCAAGAUCGGCCUCGCGGACGAUGCCCUCGCUCAGUUCCAGAAUGAGAAGAUCAUGGCCGCCGCCCAGCUGCUGGCCGACGCCGAGGUGGACAUGAUCGGCUGGAGCGGGACCUCGUCGGGCUGGCUGGGCUUUGAAGCCGACGACAAGCUGUGUGCGGAGAUCACCGCUGCGACCGGCAUUCCCGCCACGACCUCGGUGCUCGCUCUGAACAAGGCAGUAAAGGAGUUUGGCGUCAAGGAGCUUGGGCUCGUGACGCCGUACACGGACGAUGUCCAGGAGGCGAUCGUCAAGACGUACAAGACGAUUGGAAUGGACUGCAGCAAGGAGAGACACCUGGGUAUCUCCAAGAACUCAACAUUUGCAACCAUUGACGAGCCGACGCUGGACGGGAUGGUUGCUGACGUGGCGUCCAAGAAAGUGCAAGCCAUCACAACGUUCUGCACGAACCUGCGAGCGGCGCAGAGGGUUGCCCAUUGGGAGAAGGAACACGGUAUUCCAGUGUUCGAUACAGUGACGACUGUACUCUGGGAGAUGCUCCGGGAGUUGAAAGUAGACACGAAGCCGCUCGCUCCCACGUGGGGGAUGCUGCUGGCCAAGUAAGAAGUAACAACGAUAA